AUGACCAAUUGGACGAACCUGUCUAAUUGUCCUCAAAGCAUCCCAUUAUGUGAGGAAGAGAAUUAUGAGAACGCAACCGGUGGGGAUUUCGAAUACCCAGUUCAUCUCUACCCUGUGCGCAUACUGACUGGGAUAACAGUGAUAUGCAUUUUCCUAUUCCUCGUGGGCAUCACCGGGAAUUUAAUGACCAUUCUGGUAGUUACUAAAUAUAAAGAUAUGCGAACGACCACCAACUUAUACCUAUGUAGCAUGGCUCUCUCAGAUCUCCUCAUUUUCCUGUGCAUGCCCCUAGACCUCUAUAGGUUCUGGCGCUACAGACCAUGGAAUUUCGGAGAUCAGCUGUGUAAACUGUUUCAGUUCGUGAGCGAAAGCUGCACUUACUCAACUAUUCUUAAUAUAACCGCAUUGAGUGUGGAGAGAUACUUUGCCAUCUGUUUUCCACUCAGGGCCAAAGUUGUCGUAACCAGAAGGCGGGUGAAGGGUGUCAUUUUGUUCCUAUGGAUAGUGGCACUCUGUUGCGCAGGACCUAUUUUCAUUUUGGUAGGUGUGGAGCACGAGAAUGGCACAAAUCCGUGGGAGACAAACGAGUGCAAGGCGACUGAAUAUGCCAUCCGAUCCGGACUGCUUACUAUUAUGGUCUGGGUCUCUAGUGUCUUUUUCUUUCUUCCUGUAUUGUGUUUAACAGUCCUCUACAGCCUUAUAGGCAGAAGACUGUGGAGGAGAAAGAGGGAUCGAAUUGGACCAAACAGUCGAGAAAAGAAUAAUAAACAGACCGUGAAAAUGUUAGCUGUCGUUGUACUUGCGUUUGUUCUCUGCUGGCUCCCUUUUCAUGUGGGGCGCUAUCUGAUAUCCAAAUCAUCGGAAGCAAAUUCUCCUUUUAUCUCUAAAAUCAGCGAAUACUGUAACCUGGUUUCGUUUGUACUGUUCUACCUCAGUGCCGCAAUCAAUCCAAUCCUUUAUAACAUUAUGUCAAAGAAGUAUAGGAUCACGGCCUGCAAACUUUUUGGUGUAAGAAGAGUAACUGGACGGUCAAUGUCAGCAAUUGUGAACGCGGAGAGCUUCCUUGGGUGGAAUGACUCUAACACGUGA